AUGCCUAUACCGUUCAUCCCGCAUCUCAGACAUGCAGAUGCAAACAUCCCUGGGCGUAGCAGAGUCACCCAUGAGGAACAGAGCCUCACCAGAACUGGCCACGGGCUAACCAGCGAACGAAUCCGCCAGCUUUCAAUACGGAGCAUCACCUCCAACCCGCAGACCAUGAAUCAGCACCACUCUCACAUCAUCGGUGGCCAAAGACAGUCAACCGGUAUCUGGGGCAGGAUCGCCUCCUCAUGUAGGAGGAUAAGCAACACGCCGAAGCCAUCGCCGCUAGAAGAGUGGGAACACUGGGCAGCCACGAACCUCGCAGACCCGUCAAUCAACACCAACACAAUGCGCACAAUAACGCAAAAGUACGGCGCAAUUCGCCGUGUCACCGGAGUCGGCGCACACGCAGUAAUCCUCCAGAUGCACAAGGAACAGUCCUGCCCGCCACUCGACUGUUUUUACGCCAUGAAGCUCUUCUGGCAAAGCCCACGCCAGACCAAGCGCGAGCACGAGAAGCGCGUGCUGGCCGAGUUCGCCAUCCUCUCGCAGCUGCACCACAAGAACAUCAUAACGACAUUCGAGCUCCUGCCGUUGAACACCACGGCCCCUCUCUACGCCUGCUGCAUGGAAUACUGCGCCGGCGGCGACCUACACUCGCUGAUCGUCGCCUCGGGCAGUCUCCGCGCCGCCGAAGCCGACUGUCUAUUCAAGCAGCUCAUCCGCGGCCUUGUCUAUCUCCACGAAGAGGGCAUCGCACACCGGGACCUAAAGCCCGAGAACCUGCUGCUCACGCAUCGCGGCUGCCUCAAGAUCUGCGACUUUGGCACCGCCGAGCGCUUCCGUUUCAAGGGAGAGGAGCACGUCCGCUUCUCAACUGAGCGGUGCGGUUCGGCACCCUAUAUCUCGCCGGAACAGCAUCUCGAGCAGCAUCUUGAGCAAGGAUUUGAUCUGAGAGCCGCCGACGUCUGGGCCGCGGCUGUCAUCUACAUUGCCAUGCGCAGCGGACGGAAUGCGUGGAAGGAGGCUACGAGCUGGGACGAGCGCUUUGAGGAGUUUGCUUGGCGGCGCGAUAUAGGGAAGAGGAGUAGCGUCGUGGAGGGUCUGUGUCAGUACGAGAGCCGCGGUAUUCUGUACGGCGUGCUGAGUAUCGAUCCGCAGGACCGGCCUGGAGCACUGGAGGUCCUUACUUCAACGUGGCUCGAGAGUGUUUAUUGCUGUGUCCCGCAGCCUCGGGAGUGA